UGAGUUUGAAACUGGCCUCAGUCGGCGUCCCCGGAGCUGAGGCUGAGUAGACGCUGCCGUCGCCCCAGCCGCCGCUGCUGUCCCUUCGGCCUCGGCCUGUUCUAGUCUCCAGCACAUUGAAUAAAAAUGGAAGACUAUACAAAAAUUGAGAAAAUUGGGGAAGGUACCUAUGGUGUUGUAUAUAAGGGUCGACAUAAAACUACAGGUCAGGUGGUGGCCAUGAAGAAAAUCAGAUUGGAGAGUGAGGAGGAGGGCGUUCCAAGCACUGCGAUUCGAGAAAUUUCUCUGUUGAAAGAACUUCGUCACCCUAACAUCGUCAGCCUUCAAGAUGUACUCAUGCAAGAUGCUAGACUCUACCUCAUUUUUGAAUUCCUCUCUAUGGACCUCAAGAAGUACUUGGAUUCUAUCCCUCCUGGCCAGUAUAUGGAUUCUUCACUUGUUAAAAGUUAUUUGUAUCAAAUCUUACAAGGCAUUGUCUUUUGUCACUCACGAAGAGUUCUUCACAGAGAUUUGAAACCUCAGAAUCUAUUAAUAGAUGAUAAAGGUGUAAUUAAACUAGCUGACUUUGGACUUGCACGGGCCUUUGGAAUACCUAUAAGGGUCUAUACACAUGAGGUGGUAACACUGUGGUACCGAUCUCCAGAGGUGUUGCUGGGCUCUGCCAGAUAUUCAACUCCAGUAGACAUUUGGAGCAUAGGCACAAUAUUUGCUGAAUUAGCAACAAAGAAGCCACUUUUCCACGGGGAUUCUGAAAUAGACCAGCUCUUCCGAAUCUUCAGAGCUCUGGGGACUCCUAAUAAUGAAGUGUGGCCAGAAGUCGAGUCACUGCAGGAUUAUAAGAAUACAUUCCCCAAGUGGAAACCAGGAAGUCUGACGUCACAUGUCAAGAACCUCGAUGAAAAUGGCAUCGAUCUGCUCUCUAAAAUGUUGGUCUAUGAUCCUGCCAAACGAAUUUCCGGCAAAAUGGCAUUGAAUCAUCCGUAUUUUAAUGACCUGGACAGUCAGAUUAAGAAGCUCUAGUUGUCCAGCCAAGUGAUUUUCCGGUUUUGUAUCAAGAAUGGAUAGCCCUCUUGUUAAUAUUAAGCUCUGUCAACAUUUGUCUUUAUAUAUGUGUUUCCUUUUUUCCUUGUAAAAUUGAAAACUGUCCUGUUUUUCCAAGGUGUUGCUUACAACUGUAAAUAUCAUAAUAAUGCUCUAUGUAGAUCUCAUCAAUACAGCUGUUUUUCUGUUUUUCUAUAAAUAAAAUUGUAAAUCCAGCAUUGAUGUGCGGGGCUUGGGGGAAGUUGGAGCUAAUUUUAAAACAAUAUUUGCAUAUUUGAGAUGUCAUUUAGGAGCAUAAAUCAGACUCAAAUUUUAUUAUGUUAUAAAAUAAUCCUAAGACCCUUCCCUGUAUUUUUUGUAUGUUUAAAUUGAAUUCCAAUUGCCUAUGGCAAUGUGAAAUUUAAAUUUGUCUUCAGUGAAGGGAAAGUAAGGAUAUAGGAUUUCAAAUAAUUUAUCCAGUUAAAAGUUGAAAACUCACUAAGUUUAGAUUUUUCAUGUGGUAGGAUACAUGCAUACAUUGGUAUAUUUUCCCUGGCUUCCCACUUUAUGACUCGGAAUAAUUAUAUGAAUUUGGCAAUGUACCUCAGUGCCUUAUAAACACAAGGGCAUGCUAAGAAUUCCCUGAAUCAGAAGAACAUAUAGCAAAUUCAUCUCUUUUGACAGGUUUAAUUAUGAGAUAAAUAUAAUUUAAAGGUGAAAUUUGAACCUUUAAAAGACAUAAUCACCAAUUCAUCUAUUCUUAAAUAAAGAAAAACAUCUUAAGUAAGACAACUAUUUUUGAAAAUAAUGCCCAAUAAUGAUGAUUGGCAUCUUAACGUAAUUAAUAAUGCUACCUGGUAGUUUUGGUUAUAGCUAUAGAUUAGCCCUUUCUGAAAGAGUGUUGAUGGGUUUUAGUGGGGAAGGUGCUUUGAUACUUGUAUUUAUCUUAGUCCCCAGAGCUAUUUUUUCUAAAUCAUUGAACUAGGUAGACCUUCCUUUUUACUCUUCCUCUUUGGCCUACUUAACGAUUUGUCAUGAUCAAAAGCAUCAGUCUGCACUAGUGUUCUUUUUACCACCAUGUAAAUAGUUCCCCAUUGCCUGGCUUGACUGUAUUUCCUGCCAUGUGUAUAGUCGGCCUAAAAGGGGACUGUGAAUGUUGCACAGCUGCUUCCCUCUUAAUAAGUCAUGGUAAAUUGGCCUAGUUUUGGAUCCUGGGUCAUGGACAUUUCAUUUUAAGCAGUUCUGGGAACAUACAUGAAUUUAUUCCCCUGUUAAUAAUUUGGCUGUGGAGCAACUCUAAAACUCAUUUGUUUCAGAUACGUAGAUAGCAAGACUACAUGCAUUUGGGAAGAGGGAAGAAGGCCAGGCAAAUUUUCAUUCUUUGAAAAUGACCUUUGGGAACAUAUUUACUUACUUAUCCUUCUGUGUUUGAAAUGGAUAAUUUGUGCAUAGUUUAGCAUAAAUUAGAAAAGUAAUUUGCAUUAAUCUAAUUUCUGAGUUCUGAAAGUUAGUGCUAGUUUGAAACUUCCUAGCUAUAUGUUGAUAAAAGGAUUUGACUAUUAAAUUUAGUUUUUCAUCAAUGUGAAUGAUUCUAAUGAGCACUUUGGGGUUUCAGGGGAGCAAGUUGAUUUUAUCUACAUUAGCUCAGCAGUGCUUAUAAUGCAAAGUGAACAGAUUUCUACUGGAUUCAUCAUUUGGUCAGGUGGAAGACAUUGCUGAAAGCCACUGUUUGGAUGUUAAAAUAAUUUUAGCACCUGUUGGGUGAAUAUAGAAGAACUAGUUUCCUUCUACAUUUACUGCAUUUCUUUUAAAAAUAAAGAAAAUAGAGGUACAGCACAUGUUCUGCUGGAAAGUAUCACUAAUUGGCACUUUAAAUGACAUUUCAGUCUUAAGGGGAUGGAUAAUAAAAUUGCAGUAUU